GGUUAGUACCGUCCAACUUGCUUUUUACAAUUAGUUAUAUACUUGACUUAUUCCUCGUGAAACCCUGUGUGGCUCCCCUCUGACGAUAACAUACAUAUUUCAGUAGUAUUCAAGUUCGUCUUACCCAAGCAAAGCAUGGAUCACAAAAUGAGCAACAUUCAUGAGACAAAUGCAUUGUUGGCCAAACAGAGGCGACGUUAUUUGAUUGCGAUUGCGAUUGUAUCCCUUCUGGGAGUCGGUUUGCUUGCAUCCACCAUUGUGUUUGGGAUCAAGCUAAAGGGGGCAUAUCCUUCCAUUCGAGUCAAGUAUCAUGUGGGACAACUGACUGAUUCAAAGCAUGAUAUAAAACUUAAGGUGCCCGAAAAUGUGACAAUGUUUGCCGUUUUAGAACAUGCAGAGAGGGAGUCACAUGAUCGGUUUUGGUUCAACUACACCACUCUCUCGUUUGGGAGGUAUGUCACAUCCAUUGGUGGCGUAAGUGAGGAUGAAGCAACUAGUCAGUAUUGGAUUUUGUAUAAAGUUAAGGAUGAACCACGUUCUAUACCACCCCCGGAUACGGCUGUUGACAGAGGUAUCGAUGAAAUCCGAGUAGGGGACGAUGAUAUUUUUGUAUUUUGGCUCACACAAUUUGAAGGGUACGGACAAAAGAGGUUAGAAGCCUUGGGAGGUGAAAUAAAACGCACCGUAGGGGUUUGUAAUUAGAGAAAAAUGCUUAUAAAACUGUAGCAUGUAGUGUGUAUGUACGUACAUAAAAUAAAUAAAGAAUUUUCAUAACUUUCAUACACAGAA